AUGGCCUUCGAUCAAACCACUAGUAUUGCACUCUCUGUGCUUUUUCUUGGGUCCGUGUCCUUCGCAUUUGGUAUAGUUGCAGAAAACAAAAAGCCUGCUUUCGGCACUCCAAUCCAAGGAAAGGAUGUUAUUAUCUGCAAUUUCCCAGAUGAUCCAACAGUGCUACUGGGAACUUCGUCUGUCGUCACACUCAUUCUAGCUGCCGUAGCAGGCCAUGUUGCCAUUUACUUUCCCUACAAAGGCAAGUCUGUUCCAAGUAAUGCUUUGUUCCAGAACACCAUCUUGCUUCCAUUCUUCAUCGUUGCAGAAGGUGUUACAUUUAUAGCUCUGGCCAUGCUGGUGUGGACUACCGUCUCCGAAGGCCUUCACAGAUCUCGCAAUGUCCACCAUGAUCUCACUACACGGUGCCCUACUGCUAAGACUGGUCUCUUUGGUGGCGGUGCUUUCCUUGCCCUCGACGCUGCUAUCUUCUGGCUCAUCUGUCAGAUGUUGACGAUGAACGCAAGAUCCGAUUACUUUAAUGAGGAUGAUCCUAUAGUCGAGUAUGGAGAGUUUAACAGCGUCGCUGACAUGGAGAGCAUCCAACAGCUUAGAAGUGAAUGCGAAGUUGCACUGUAA